AUGGCUUCUGUCGACCCCACCGCCGCCGCUACCGGCACCGCCUCGAAGCGCGCUCGCGGCCACUCUGCCAUGGACUUCAAGUCGGCCGCCACGGGCGUGUCGGCCAAGGCCAUGCGCAACGAGCUCAACGCCAUGAUCCAGAACAUCCAAGACCCCGAGUACAAGAAGGCGUUCGAGGCCGAGAUGCAGAGCUUCUUCAUCCUGUUCAACCGCUACCUCGCCGAGACGGCCAAGAACGAGAAGAUUGACUGGGAGAAGAUCCAGCCGCCGACGCCCGAGCAGGUCGUGCCGUACGCCGAGCUUCCCGAGAAGACGGACCCGUCGCUCCUCGACAAGCUCGCCGUCCUCAAGCUCAACGGUGGCCUCGGCACGACCAUGGGCUGCGUCGGCCCCAAGUCGAUCAUCGAGGUCCGCGAGGGCAUGACCUUCCUCGACCUGUCGGUCCGCCAGAUCGAGCACCUCAACUCGCAGCACAACGUCAACGUGCCGUUCAUCCUCAUGAACUCGUUCAACACGGACGAGGACACGGCCGUCAUCAUCCAGAAGUACGCCAACCACCGCAUCGAGCUCAUGACGUUCAAUCAGUCGCGGUACCCGCGCGUCAACCGCGAGACGCUCCUCCCGACCCCCAAGUCGGCCGUUGAGGACAAGGGCGCGUGGUACCCUCCCGGCCACGGCGACCUGUUUGACGCCAUCAUGAACUCGGGCCUGGUCGACAAGCUCCUCGCGGCCGGCAAGGAGUACCUCUUCGUGUCGAACGUCGACAACCUCGGCGCCGUCGUCGACACGCGCAUCCUCGAGCACAUGCACCAGAGCGGCGCCGAGUUCCUCAUGGAGGUGACCGACAAGACCAAGGCCGAUGUCAAGGGCGGCACGCUCAUCAACUACGAGGGCAACGUCCGCCUCCUCGAGAUUGCCCAGGUCCCGUCCGACCACGUCGAGGACUUCAAGUCGGUUCGCAAGUUCAAGAUCUUCAACACCAACAACCUGUGGGUCAACCUCCGCGCGAUCAAGCGCAUCAUGGAGAACGACGGCAUGGACCUCGAGAUCAUCGUCAACCACAAGCAGAGCGACAAGGGCGAGGCCGUUAUCCAGCUCGAGACGGCCGUCGGCGCGGCCAUCAAGCACUUCAACGGCGCGCACGGCAUUAACGUGCCGCGCUCGCGGUUCCUGCCCGUCAAGAGUUGCAGUGACCUGCUCCUCAUCAAGAGUGACCUGUACGAGCUCAGCGGCGGCGCCCUCGUCAUGAACCCGGACCGCAUGUUCCUCUCGACGCCCGUCAUCAAGCUUGGCGACGCGUUCAAGAAGGUCGCGGCGUUCCAGAAGCGGUUCAAGACGAUCCCGUCGCUGCUCGAGCUCGACCACUUGACCAUCUCGGGCGACGUCUCGUUCGGCCGGGGCACCGUCCUGCGCGGUACCGUCAUCAUUGUCGCCAACGACGGCUCGAAGAUCGAGCUUCCGGACGGCACGACCCUCGAGAACAAGCUCGUCACGGGCCAGCUCUCGCUCCUCGACCACUAG